AGGACGGCGCGUUCUUUAAGGGCCCCCCGUACCCUGGGUACCCGUUUCUGAUGAUCCCGGACUUGAGCAGUCCGUACCUCUCCAACGGACCCUUGUCUCCCGGAGGAGCGCGCACGUACCUGCAGAUGAAGUGGCCCCUCCUCGAUGUCCCCUCCAGCUCCACAGUGAAGGACACCAGGUCACCAUCCCCAGCACACUUGUCUAAUAAAGUUCCUGUUGUUCAGCCCCCGCAUCACAUGCACCCGUUGACGCCCCUCAUCACCUACAGCAACGACCACUUCUCCCCUGGCUCCCCUCCCACGCACCUCUCCCCAGAGAUCGAUCCAAAGACAGGAAUCCCCCGGCCCCCUCACCCAUCCGAGCUGUCUCCAUAUUACCCACUGUCUCCUGGAGCUGUUGGACAAAUCCCCCAUCCCCUCGGCUGGCUCGUCCCACAGCAAGGACAGCCCAUGUACUCCCUCCCUCCUGGUGGUUUCCGGCACCCCUACCCUGCCCUCGCCAUGAACGCCUCAAUGUCCAGCCGGUUCUCUCCUCACAUGGUGGCUCCGGCCCACCCUGGUCUGCCCACCUCAGGGAUCCCCCACCCCGCCAUCGUCCCCCCCAUCGUCAAGCAGGAGCCGGCGCCCCCCAGCCUCAGCCCUGCCGUGAGCGCGAAAUCACCCGUCACGGUGAAAAAGGAGGAAGAAAAGAAACCCCACGUGAAGAAGCCUCUGAACGCCUUCAUGUUGUAUAUGAAGGAGAUGAGGGCCAAGGUGGUGGCUGAGUGCACCCUGAAGGAAAGCGCGGCCAUUAACCAAAUCCUGGGAAGGAAGUGGCACAACCUGUCCCGAGAAGAACAGGCCAAGUACUACGAACUGGCCCGGAAGGAGCGGCAGCUUCACUCGCAGCUCUACCCGACCUGGUCAGCCCGGGACAACUACGGUAAGAAAAAGAAGAGGAAGAGAGAAAAACAGCUGUCACAGACACAGUCCCAGCAGCAAGUCCAAGAGGCAGAGGGUGCUCUGGCCUCCAAAAGCAAGAAGCCAUGUGUUCAGUACCUGCCCCCUGAGAAGUCCUGUGACAGCCCUGCCUCUUCCCACGGCAGCAUGCUGGAUUCCCCGGCCACCCCCUCCGCAGCCUUGGCGUCCCCAGCUGCCCCCGCGGCGACGCACUCGGAGCAAGCCCAGCCCCUCUCCCUCACCACCAAGCCGGAGAGCCGGGCCCAGCUGGCUUUACACUCGGCUGCCUUCCUGUCAGCCAAGGCGACAGCCACUUCCUCCGGCCAGAUGGGCAGCCAGCCCCCGCUCCUCUCCCGGCCGCUCCCCCUCGGGUCCCUGCCCACAGCUCUGCUGACUUCUCCCCCCUCCUUCCCGGCCACGCUCCAUGCCCACCAGGCCCUCCCAGUCCUCCAGGCCCAGCCUCUUUCCUUGGUCACCAAGUCUGCCCACUGAGCUGCCCCCUGACCUAUGCAGGCUGUCAAGUGACUCGUUGAGUAGUAAUGAUUCAGAAGAAAAAAGAAAAAAAAAAAGGAAACUUUAUUGGUCAAUAUUUGACCACUCUGGACUGUUCUGUAAAGUGACUGGUAGCAACAGCACUUUACGUUUUGUAGAUGUAACCAGUAGCUGAUCUUAAGGCUUUUUUAAAAAACAAAACAAAACAACAAAAAAAAAAUCUUUAAAAGAAAGAGAACUGAAAAGUAGUGUGUUAUUCUUUUUCCUGUACGUGCAGUGGUGGAUGGACCUGGGCAGAAGACCCCUUCCUCUCUACCUCUUUCCCUUUCUGCCCUGCUCCCCCUUCUCAGCGCUCCCACGUGCCCCCCUCCCCUUCCUGGUCCACAUGUCGGCCAUGGCUGGACUUCUAGCCUGUUACCUCUUCCUCUAGAUCCCAUUCCUGGACAUUCCCUUUGACCUCACCAAGUUUUUCUCCUUCGCUCAACUGCCUUCAUCUUCGUCCUCUGCCCAGUGUAAGACUGUCAUCACAUGAGAAGCCACCUUUGCCUGAUUUGUCUUCACCAGCGUCCCCUUUCCCUCAGUGGGCCCUCACACAACAGCCUCCAGCUCUGGGUGGGCAAAGAGGUCCUCUGAAAUGGUUCUUUACCACAUUGAAAGGGAUUCAAGGUGCCCGCCACUUUCUCGGUGAAGAAGUCUCUGUGCCACCCCCUCACCAGUCAAGACCUCCCCUCACUGUCCCAGAGUGGCAGAUGGGACCCGGCCCCAAGGCCUGGCUCUUGUCCCCUGGGUCAGUGCUAGCACAAUCUGCCAAAGGUCUAAACGCCCUCCUCCCUCCCCCUAUCACCUCACAUGCUUCUUCUGUGUGUAUUUCUUUUUGUUUUUAUGGGGUUUUUUGGAGCAAUUUAAACUUCCAGUUGUUUAUUUUCACAAAAGAAAAUAAAAUUGCAGUUGCAAGACCUUU